GAAUAUUCCAAGUUGUGUUGAUGUACACUUACAAGUCAUCGAGUAUACGCUGUCAAGAAGCAGUCAUAGAAAGCACACCUGGUAUUUAUUACGACUCACUGACGAGAACCUUUCGACUACGUUGUAAAAACUCUGUAUAUGCCUUUCGUGUCGAUGACAGCAGAAACUUGGAACAUCUGUAUUGGGGUUCUUCUAUUCCUUUGGAAGAUGACUUGUUGUUUCUAGGGUUUGGUAAUAACCCUACACCUUUCGAUCCCAAAGGCUAUAUUGGAGAUUCUUGGGAGAGUUUGAAUCCUCUUGGUUUUGCUGACCUCAAACAAUUGGAUCCUGAUGAAGUGGCUGAAAAGUGGAAAACUUAUACAGUGGAAGCCCAAACUCCACGUGCUACAGAACCACGUAGAUUGGAGAAUGCGAGUUGGAGAUUAUGGAAUAUGGACAAAUUGAAAAGAACAGGAAGUACACUGAGUGGAGUUGAUAAACAUGGAAGUGUUACUUUGGAAGAGAACUAUCCAUCAACAAAGGCUGUUUUUGAUGAUUCGCAUCGAAAGGGUUUGAGUUCAUUGGAAGUUGUUUACGAUGAUGAACCCUGGAGUGGAGGAGAUCGUAGUGAAGUUUCUUCUCCUUCCUAUUUUAGAACGGAUAGUGUAGAUACUGGACAUUCUAGUUCAGAGAAAGAAGAAGAAAGUAGUGAUACUAGUGUCAAGCGCCGAUUUUUGUCUCACAAGACUUUACCUACUUGGAAGAGGUCUCCAUCCCUUCGUAGAGGAGAAGGUUUUGAAAAGAACUUGCCAAGUAUAGAUAGUUUAGAAGACGAGUUUUUAUCUUGUAGCCGCUUUGGAUCAUUUUCUUCUCCUACUCCGAGACAACAACAACAGAAUGUCUGGAUCAAUUUAGAUCCCGAAAUUGUCGGAAAGAAUACCAAACUGUUGGAAUAUUCAGAUCGAGGUACUGGAGAUUACCGUUCCUGUUCGUUUGAAAUAGAAUAUUCUGAUGGAACAACGUUAUCUCCUUUGGUAUACUCAAGUCAUCGCAUAUUUGGUGGAAAGCUUUUGCCACCAUAUCCACUUCCUGGACUUUAUGUUAAUGUUGAUUCCGAUGCAACUACUUUGGAAUUGACUAUGAUCGAUCCUCUAACAAAAGUGGCAGUCAUUUUGUAUUACACUGUUUUCCAUGAAUAUGAUGCGAUUGUGAGAAGAACAGUGUUCCGAAAUCACUUAGAUGAAAGUUUGAUCAUUCGUCGUUGUUUUUCUUGCACACAAGACUUCGAUACCGACGAUUUCUAUCUAACUCAGCUAUCUGGUUCUUGGGCUAGAGAAAGACAAUUGGUGACUAAGAAACUGUAUCAAGGAAUGUCUUUAGUGGAAUCUACUAGAGGUGCAUCUUCACAUCAGCAUAAUCCUUUUGGAGUGAUUACUUUAGGCACACCAAGAGAAGAUCAAGGUGAAGCGUUUGCAUUUAGUCUCGUGUAUUCCGGAAACUUUCGUUUGGAAUCCGAAUUGGUAGAAAGUGGUCGUCUACGUGUCAAUAUGGGUAUCAAUCCACAACAAUUCUCGUGGGAUUUAGGACCAGCAGAAGAAUUUUCUACUCCAGAAGUGGUGUUAUGUUAUAGUGACCAAGGCUUGGGUGGCAUAAGUCAACAAUUUCAUCGACUCUAUCGUUAUCAUUUGAUUCCUCCCAUGUGGCGACAUACCAUUUGUCCAGUUCUUAUCAAUACUUGGGAAGCAAUGUAUUUCAAUGUGACUCAUGAAGCUGUCGUUGAAUUGGCAAAAAGAGCAAAGGAAUGUGGAAUUGAGUUGGUGGUUUUGGAUGAUGGCUGGUUUGGAAAUAGAAAUAAUACUCGCUCAGGCUUAGGUGAUUGGAAAGCGAAUAGAACGAAAUUCCCAUUUGGUUUAGAAGGCUUAUGUCGUGAAAUUAACGAAUUGGGUUUGCGUUUUGGGAUUUGGAUCGAACCAGAGAUGGUGAAUAUUGAAAGUGAGUUGUAUCACCAACAUCCAGAUUGGUGUCUUCAUAUCCCAAGAAGAGCAAGAACUACUGGAAGGAAUCAAUUGGUUUUGGAUUUCUCCCAAGAAGCUGUAAGAAAUCAUGUUAUUGAGGAAGUUUCUAGUAUUCUGAGUAGUUGCAAUAUUGAAUAUGUGAAAUGGGAUAUGAAUCGCCAUUUGACAGAAGUGUUCUCACAAGCCUUUCCUCCGGAACGACAAGGAGAAAUCGCUCAUCGUCAUAUCUUAGGUGUUUAUGAAGCUUUUGCAAGGAUUACGGGUGCCUUUCCACAAGUCUUGAUAGAAUCUUGUUCGGGAGGUGGUGGUCGUUUUGACCCAGGAAUGCUUUAUUAUUCAGCUCAAAUCUGGUGUAGCGAUAAUACAGAUGCAUUAUCUCGUGUCCAAAUCCAAUAUGGAACCAGUUUGGUGUAUCCUGUGUGUUCGAUGGGUUCUCAUGUGAGUUCAAUACCCAAUCACCAAACCUUAAGAAGCACUACUAUGAAGACCAGAAGCCUAGUUGCGAUGUGUGGAACUUUUGGAUAUGAAAUGGAUGUCCGCCAACUUUCAAGAGAUGAAGUGGAAGAAAUAAGGAGUUAUAUUGAACUUCGAAAUGAGUUUGCACCCCUUGUUCUAUUUGGAACCAUGUAUCGGCUAUGGAAUCCAUUUACAAGUGACUCGGGUGGUUGGAUGUUUGUGAAUGAUGAAAAGACCGAGGCUUUAGUUAUUGCCGUCAAUCUCAAUCGUCCAAUUGGUUUGCAGUUACCGAGAAUGCACCUUCGUGGAAUUCGGGAAGAUUGGGAAUAUUUGGUAGAGGAACUUUGUCCAGGAAAACUGAGAACUAAUGUAUCGACAGGUGCCAUAGAAACAGAUCCUAGAGGAGUAUUCCAGUGGAGUACAAACUUGGGAGGAGUUACCUUGAAACUUUCAGGUCGCACUCUUAUGAAAGUUGGACUACCUGUGAAGUUUAUAUUUGAAGGCGACUCGCUUCUCUUUUCCGUUCGAGCAGUGAGUCUUUUGACCUGACUCUAAUUCAUUCAAUAAAAGCAUCUUUUGUUCCGUAGAACAUUCGAUACC